CUUAUCCACUCUACCCAAGAAAAGCCUUGUACGGCCCAUCUAAUGUAAGUCCAUAGAGUCCCAAAAAACCUCGCAGACUUUUCUUUUCUCUACGAUUCUCGGUACCACUAGAAUAAACCUCUACUACACACACACACACACACACACACACUCUCUCUCUCUCUCUCUCUCUCUCACUGGAGGGAUAAAACCUCAAUCAUCUUGGACAUUCAUUUUGGAUUGGAUUCUCUCAGAUCAGUGGAAUCGCAGAGAGCUUUCACUCUAAUUCCAUCAGAUCCCCCCACUUUCUUUUUUCCCAUUUUAUUUUCUCAUUCAAACCCAUUUCUCUAGGGUUUUAGUUCCAAAUGGAAAAAAGUCUCCGUUUUUAACCCACAAAUCCACAAAUCGUCGUUGACCCAGUUCCUCUUUCCUUCUUCAACUUCCCGAUCAUGGUCGGAAAACCCGAAUCCUCCAACGGCACUGCCAAAUCCGGAUCGAACCAGACCGGUUCAUCCCCACCAUCCGCAUUGCCAUUGAACCUCAAAUCCGAUCUGUUUAGCAGCUUAUCAUUCAAAACCUUGAAGCUCAAGACCAAGCAACAGGAACUCCUGCUCCGGGUCUCGAUCCUCUGCCUCAUCUACAUCUUGGCCUUCAUAACCCGUCUCUUCAGUGUUCUUCGCUAUGAGUCCAUGAUCCAUGAAUUUGACCCUUACUUCAACUACCGUACGACUCUGUUCUUGACCCAGAAGGGUUUCUACGAGUUCUGGAAUUGGUUCGAUUCUGAAAGUUGGUACCCUCUUGGAAGGAUCAUAGGAGGGACUCUCUACCCGGGUCUUAUGGUCACUGCGGCUAUAAUCUACUGGGUUCUUCGAUUCUUGAGGUUUGCUGUUCAUAUCCGUGAGGUCUGUGUCCUAACGGCGCCGUUUUUCGCUUCCAAUACUACUUUGGUUGCAUAUUUCUUUGGCAAAGAGAUUUGGGAUUCUGGGGCUGGACUUGUUGCUGCUGCAUUGAUCGCAAUCUGCCCUGGUUACAUUUCGAGGUCGGUUGCAGGGUCGUAUGACAAUGAGGGUGUGGCCAUUUUCGCAUUGUUGUUCACUUUCUACUUGUUUGUGAAGGCUGUUAAUACUGGUUCGCUUGCUUGGGCUUUGGCUUCGGCUUUUGGCUACUUUUACAUGGUUUCAGCUUGGGGUGGUUAUGUUUUUAUUAUCAAUUUGAUUCCGCUUUAUGUGUUGGUGCUUUUGAUCACGGGAAGGUAUUCCAUGAGGUUGUACGUCGCUUAUAAUUGUAUGUAUGUGCUGGGGAUGUUGUUGGCUAUGCAAAUUCGGUUUGUGGGUUUUCAGCAUGUCCAGUCUGGGGAGCAUAUGGCUGCCAUGGGUGUCUUCUUCUUGAUUCAGGUAUUCUACUUUCUAGAUUGGGUUAGAUACCUGCUAAGUGAUACAAAAUUAUUCCAAGCCUUCUUGAGGAUCACUGUGACCACUGCAGUAGGUGUGGGUGCUAUUGCUUUGGGUGUUGGCACUGCAUCUGGGUAUAUCUCUCCAUGGACAGGCCGAUUCUAUUCUCUACUAGAUCCUACAUAUGCCAAGGAUCACAUUCCAAUUAUUGCCUCCGUGUCUGAGCAUCAGCCAACAGCUUGGUCCUCAUUCAUGUUUGAUUUCCACAUCCUACUCUUCCUUUUCCCAGCAGGUCUCUACUUUUGCUUCAAGCGCUUGUCAGAUGCCACAAUCUUUAUAGUUAUGUACGGUCUUACAAGCAUGUAUUUUGCUGGUGUCAUGGUUCGGUUGAUUCUUGUUGCUACACCUGCUGUAUGUCUUAUUAGUGCAAUUGCUGUCUCCGCAACUAUAAAGAAUCUCACUCAGUUAGUAAGGACAAAGAGCAAGGUUCCCCAGUCUGGUUCUAGCAAAGGAAGUGGUAGUUCAAAAGGUUCUUCUAAGGCUACAGUUGAUCAAUCUCAGCCUUUCCAAAGAAACGGUGCGAUUGCAUUACUUCUUGGUGCAUUUUACUUGCUCAGUAAGUAUGCUACCCACUGUACCUGGGUCACAUCAGAGGCAUACUCAUCUCCCUCAAUUGUCUUGGCUGCAAGAGGUGCCCAUGGCAACAGAGUCAUUUUUGAUGAUUACCGUGAAGCAUACUUUUGGCUCCGUCAGAAUACUCCUCCUGAUGCUAAGGUGAUGUCAUGGUGGGACUAUGGGUAUCAGAUCACUGCAAUGGGAAACAGAACUGUUAUUGUUGAUAACAACACCUGGAAUAAUACUCACAUUGCUACUGUUGGACGCGCAAUGUCCUCUUAUGAACACGAGGCAAUCGAGAUAAUGAGAUCUCUUGAUGUGGAUUAUGUAUUAGUUGUAUUUGGCGGUGUUACUGGUUAUUCUUCUGAUGAUAUUAACAAAUUUCUGUGGAUGGUGAGAAUUGGAGGAGGCGUGUUUCCGGUGAUUAAGGAGCCUGAUUACCUUGUGAAUGGCGAGUAUCGUGUUGACAAAGGUGCAGCUCCCAAGAUGUUGAACUGUCUCAUGUACAAGUUAUGUUAUUAUCGUUUCGGGGAAUUGACAACUGAAUAUGGCAAGCCCCCUGGGUAUGAUCGAGCAAGGGGGGUCGAAAUUGGGAACAAGGACAUAAAACUGGAAUACUUGGAAGAAGCGUUUACAACAUCUAACUGGAUUGUUCGUAUUUAUAAAGUAAAGCCACCUAAUAAUAGGUGGUGAGUCUCUCUCUCUCUCUCUCUCUUCCUGCGGUUAAGUAUAAGGCCUUACAUGGUAGAAAAAACUAUGAGAGCUUAUAGUCUUUUGGAAUGUAGAUUUUAGAGAUAGUAAAUUGUAAUUUGUUUUUUUUUUUUUUUUUUUUUUUUCCCCUCUUCUAGAGUUUGGGAAUUAGUGCUCUUGAAUCUUUCAAUAUUUUCCUUAGACCCCAUUCUGCAAGAUUUUCUUUUCUUGCCUCAGUAAUUUAAACGGUUUUGUCUUUCUCUA